UUCCGGGAAUCAAUUUCGUGGCGGGAAGAACGUCUGGGUUGUGUUCUGUGGAGAUCAAAACUGCGGCCUCUGCAAUGGAGCAGUCGCGGGGAAGGCCUGGGGCCGGGACUGAGGCCGGCGGAGUGCGGUGGGGUCUGUCGCAGGCCGCGGAGCAGCGCAUCGAGGACCGCAUCAGACUGCUGCUCAGGCUGAGAGCUCAGACAAAACAACAGCUCUUAGAAUAUAAGUCCAUGAUCGAUGCAGAUGAAGAAAAAACUCCAGAACAGAUCAUGCAAGAAAAAGAGAUUGAAAUUAAAGUUGAAGACCUGGAGAAUGAAAUUGAAGAUGUAAGAAGUAAUUUUGAAAUGAAAAAUCUUGCACUGAGCAGGAUGAAACUUUCGGCUGCACUUCAGAAAAACAUGGAGAACGUGGGCCCUGAGAGUGGUGUGCUCACUGAUGACAUGAAGCACAUAUUAAAGCUACAAAAGUUAAUAAUGAAGUCACAGGAGGAGUCUACAGAACUGGAGACAAAGCUGCUUGAUGUCAGAAAGAAGAGACUACAACUAAAACAAGCUUCAAGAAGUAAGAUUUUAGAAAUACAAACUGAGAAGAACAAACAGAAAGAAAAUGUGAACAAGAUGGAGAAUUCUGAAAUGAUAGAGACCAUGAAAAAAAACCUACAGAGAGAGAUAAAGAUCACUACAGUUAUUCAACAUGCAUUCCAGGGCCUUAUUUUGGGGAGUAAAACCAACUGGGCAGAGGAUCCUGCCCUCAGAGAGACUGUGCUGCAGCUGGAGAAGAAUCCCACAUUUUAAAAUUGGCUUUGUGGCCAAUCUGUCAUUUAAACAGCCGAGUUCAAGGGAAAUGUAAAUAGUGUUUUUGGAACCAUUCUGCUGCUUCAGUUUUGGGAUUUUGAGUUGAUGAUAUGACACGGAAUCUUUCGUUUUAAAUGUGCUCAUUAAAGUGACUGGCACGCUGUGCAGGAGCCUGAACAUCGAGGCCUUGGAAAGAAGCACCUGGUCCUGCUGCUGCAGAAUGUGCACGUCUUUGCAAACAUUUUCCUGGUAAUCCCUUUUGGAAUAUGCUUAUGCAUCUGUGCACUGGUUUGUCAGCCAAAAAUUAGAAAAGUGUCCAAAGUGUAAAGUUGUGUUUACUAAGUAAAGUUGUAAUUUCUUCUUUUCUCCUCUAUUUAGCAUGCAUUUUACUUUUAUAACUUAAUAAAAAGGAUAAACAUUA